AUGGUCCACAACAAGUCCCUCAUCUUCUGCUCUCUCCCCAAGGGCUACCCCAUCGUGGGUAAGGACCUCCAGAUCAAGGAGUCUGAGAUCUCCGUCGACUCUCUCCCCGAGGGCGGAAUCAUCACUAAGAACCUCUACAUCUCCUUCGACCCCUACCAGCGUGGCCGCAUGCGCGAUGCCAGCAUCAAGUCCUACUCCGCCGCCUACGACCUUGGCAGCGUCGUCACGAACGGAGGAGUAGCCUCUGUCUACAAGAGCAAGAACGCAGACUUCAAGGAGGGUGACAUCGUCGUCGCCGGCAGCAUCGGAACCGAAAAAUACUCGGUUGUCACCAAGGAGCAGCUGGCGUACAUCCAGAAAAUCGAUAACAAGUACAACCUGCCGCUGAGCAACUACACCGGUGCUCUGGGCAUGCCCGGAUUGACCGCAUACUCUUCCUUCUACCAGAUCGGAAAGCCCAAGAAGGGCGAGACCAUCUUCAUCUCUGCCGCCUCGGGAGCCGUCGGCCAGAUCGUCGGCCAGCUCGCCAAGCACGAGGGGCUCACCGUGAUCGGCUCCGUCGGCAGCGACGAGAAGGCCAAGUUCGUCAAGGACGAGCUCAAGUUCGACCAUGCCUUCAACUACAAGACCACCUCGAACAAGGAGGCGUUGAAGAAGCUUGCUCCUCAGGGAAUCGACAUCUACUUCGAGAACGUCGGAGGUGAGGCCCUCGAGGCGGCCCUUGAGGCCGCCAACGACCAUGCUCGCUUCAUCAUGUGCGGUAUGAUCUCGUACUACAACCUGACCAACCCCGCCGAUAUGUACCUCCCCAAAAACUUGAUGUACAUCGUGGCCAAGAGGAUCAAGAUGGAAGGAUUCAUUGUCAGUGACAAGGAGUUUGGCCCCAAGUACGCCGCUGAGCACAAGGAGAACGUCAGCAAGUGGAUAGCUAGCGGAGAGCUCAUCGUCAAGGAGACCAUCACCGAGGGCGUUGAGAAUGCCGCUCAGGGUCUCUUGGAUAUUUUCCACGGAAAGAACUUUGGAAAGGCGGUUCUCAAGGUGGUUCACGACGAGUAG